GCUCCCUGCCCUCCUCCUUCCUCCCCACUUCUGCCUCCUCCUCCCCCAGUGUUCACUUAAAGCAAAUUCUAGUGGGUUUUUUUUUUUCAAUACUGUUUCAAAACAGUUGUUACAGCAAAUAACUGCAGACGGGUCUGCUGGACGCGGUGGAGAGGGGCUGGCAGCUGCCCAGCACAGGCGCCUGGCCGCUGGGCAGCUCCCGCAAUACCAAAAUAAGCUCCCGAGUUCCCCUGGAAGACUUGGGCCGCCGGGAGCUCAGGCUGGCGAUCUGCUUGGAGGAAACCUCCCUAGUUUCCUUUUUUACUCUUCCUGCUGUCCAGAGCUAACAAAUGUUUUUAAUUUCAGAGGAACAUGGUGUGGGGUUCUGCAGACUCGCCUUCCACUGGGGAGAGGGCCAGCGAGGGGACAGAGGGGGAGGAAAGGAGAGGGGAUAAUAAACCCGAGGUCAGUGUUGAUGCUGGAGGGCCCAGGUCUCUGAAGUUCCUGCAGCUUUGCAGAUGAGCGGGCUGCAAGCGAGGCUAGGCCUGUGGACACCCAGUGGGGCCUGGAACAGUGCCAGGAGUGGCCUUGAACCCCACCUUGAUCCCUCUCCAGCAGGAUCUGGGGUCACUUCCAUGGGCCUGGCAGACACCACUCCAGAUUUGCCCUCUGGCCUGGGGAGCAGAUAACCCCCCACCCCACAUAACCAGCUGCGCUCCUACACCUGGCAGGCCGGCUCACACAUCACCCUUUAACGCACACUAUAUUCACACACACACUUGUGCACAGUCUUGAAUGUGUGCACACACAUCUGCCUGCACACACUCAUGUGCCCACAUGUGAAUCACUUGGAAGUGUACACACACCCAAACCCACAGCACAGAUGGGCAGACAGGUGAGCCCCGUGCAGCAUGUCACACUCCCACAUGCACAAGACAUGCGUGCAGAGGCAUAUCACACACGCAGAAGCACUCCCGAGAACCGCCUUCUCCCUUCCAGCCUAGGGGCCCCUGUUCCCCCACAACUAGGCCCAGCCCUGAAGCCCCCUCCAGCACUCCUCUCCCACCCCCACGCUCCCCAAGAGCAGCAGAUGUAGGUCUCCCGGCUCCCAAACCUCUGAGAUGCUGCUCUGUCUGAAAUCAUCAUAUAAAUAAUCAUUUUUUAAUACAAGGGGGUGGGGGUGUUAGGCAAGUUCCACGAAAUUGUGAAUUAGCCGCUGCUCCAAAUAAAUGCCUGCUUCGGCCCGAGAGCAGCCGCACUGCGCCCCCAAUAAUCGUGUGUUGGGUAUCUCUCCAUUGUUCCCUGGGCCAUUAGUCGAAGGGCAAAUUAGAAACAAUUUCUUGACGACAAAAAUUGACUCAAUUCUUCCCACCAGAGGCACAGGGGGACAAGUCCAGAGGCCAGGCCUGAGGCUGGGGCUGGCGGCAGGAGGGGUAGGCAGGGUAGAGGUGGGGGAUCUAAGAUGGUUCACAGCACAGAGACCUCCCUCAACCGGAGGGCAGCAGCAGCUCACCCCCACCCCAGAAUCAGUGUUCCAGAGGACAGCUGGGGGCAGGGGGUUAGGAACAAUCCCACUCCCUCCCGGAAGAGGUCCUGACCCCCCCCCACCCACCCAUCUGCCUGUAUUGGCCCCUCUGCUAUCGACUGGGGCGAGUUGUUUUCAUGAGGGCCUUGCCUGGUGCCUGGAGGGAACAGGGUGUGGGGGAAAGGUCUGUGUGUUCCCCCCUCACCUCCCCUGCUCAGCGGUGUGGCCUCUGGCUCUGGGGAGGAUCGGGAAGCCCCAGGGUCCGUGCCUUGGAGUGGGGGGACAGCCUUUUCUCUGCCACAGCUUCUGCCUUUGGGGGCUUACCCUUCCUAGGAGCAGAACUGUUGUGGAGGGGAAGAGGACGGCGAAGGUUCCGAAGGGAAGGGGGCUGCCCCCACUGAAAACGAAGCUUCCAGUCACAGCCCCUUCAUUAUUUAUCAGGACCCAGGGGAUGAGGUGGCAGGGGAGGGGGCUGCAUGGAGGGAGUGCCCGCACCCUCGUCCCCAGCGCCUGCCCCCUCCCGACCAGGCCUGGGCUGAGGCCCAGGGUAAGGGGGCUGAGGCAGGCCACAGAGGAGCAAGACCUGUCAGGGGCCAGACCUGGGUAGGAGGAUUGUCCUCCAGGCACACACGGCCCCCAGCCUGUCGAACUGGGCUCUCCCAGAAGGUCCCCGGCUCCAGCCCAAGCAGGGAGCCAGGUUGGGGGUGUGGGAAGGCAGGAGUCCCAGGGAUCCUGGGGGAGGCUCAGGUUGUACCUGCAGGCCACAGUGUCCUCGACAGACCUCGGACGAGGUUGUAAGUGUUUUAAAGAAACCAGAGCAGCAGAGAAGAGAGACUCAGAAGCCCGUGGCACGGCUUUCUGGGCGUCCCCUCCAGCGAGGGGGUCUCCAUUGCUGCAGUUGCCGGUUUUGUCCAACCAGGUCAGGAGGCUGCCUGGCCCCCUCCCCACUCUCAAAGUUGCUUGUUAAACACAGAGUCGUAAUUUGUGGCUAAAUAUAACUAGUGUGUUCUCACGGAAAGUAUAAUUCAGGGUGCUCGUUGUAUGAGGUUAUCAACAAGACCCAUCUGGGUUAAAUUAAAGUGAUUUUCAUAAAGGGCAGAAGCGCCCCUUUGCCUGGUUUCCCCUGCCUUUUUAUUAGUGACAAUGUUAUUGUUGCAAUUAUUAGAGGGGAUCAAGGAAGGUGGGAGUUGCCAGGGACCCCCAGGCUGAGGAGGGAGCCUCCCAGCCCCCCUCCACUCACCAUUGUCCUGCUGCCCCUCCAGCCUCCUGGUCACUGUCACCUCUGCGGCUGGAGGGCUGGAGAAAGGCCCAGGAGCCCAGGGAACCUCCACCAUGCCAGGCUGCCUUCCCUAAAGGCUGGCUCCUUCCCCACAGGCAGCCAGUCUGGGGGUGGACCUGGAGGGGCAGGGUUCUCUGGGAAUCUCUGGCCAAGGGAUGCGCUUUGGGGAUCCACUGGAAUAAAGAGUAAUCGGUUUUCCUCGCAGGAGGUUGACCCCAAACAGCCCUCCAUCUUCCUGCCCAUGAGGAUGAGGACAGGAAGCCAGACCCGGGAGAGAAAGCCCAGAUCAGACAGAUGGGGGUUGGGAGGGCCUAGUGGCUGAAACUGCCCUGCUUGGGGACAAUGCUCAGGCAGGACCAAUCCAAAUGAGGGCACUGCUUAUGUGGUCCUUCCGGGAGCAUCCUCCAAGGCAGAGCCUGGCUUCGGGCCCUCCCUGCAAGGACACCUGCCUCCACUCCCUGCCAGACCAGGCCUGGCUGCAGAGGCGGAGGGGUGGCAGGGCUGCCUGUCUCCACUGUUUGGCUGUGUUUACACGUGUUGCUGUCAGGGUGUCUGGACAGUGGGGGUCAGGGGGCCUCCCGGGCCCAGACUUCCCCAGGCUGGGUGGCAGGGCCAGGUCAGCUGAGACCUACAGGACUGUGGAGCAUUUAGGUCUCCCACCCAACUCCACCCGGUCCUCUGAGCAUCAGUUACAGAGCCCAGGCAGCAGGAGGGCAGGGCCCAGCCCCUUAUCACCCAUCCUCAAGGCAGGCAGGAACCCUGAAGGCAGCUUCCACCAGGGGUUCCCUUAGCCCUCACCCUCCAAAAGCCCCAGACCCUGCCAGGCCUCACCCUGCCAGCAUCGUGGCCCCAGCUGAGGGCUCCCAGGGGCAGGUGCUGGCAACACAAGCAGGAGGCCUCGGGGCAUCCCGCAGGGCACACACCAGGUCGCCCUGGGCUCCCCAAGCACCUCCCAGACCCAGCCCUCGGGUGGGUCCUGGCCCACAAACCCCCACGCCCUGCCCCUGAGAUGAGCCCCACCGCCCACCUGCCCUCCAGCCCUGGAGACCUUUCUCCCCCUUGGCCAUGGCUCCCAUGGGGAGGCUGCAGGCCCUCCCUGGGCUGGAGCAGAGGGGACAGACUGUCUCUCCCUUGCGACUUCUGGGGGCACUGGAGUCCUUGGCCUGGUUACCUUCAGCAUUUAUAGCCCUCCAGUGACUUAUUCCUCAGAGUUCUCACAGAGCAGCAUGGGCCUGCGGCAAAGCCCUCACCUCCAGCCCCUGGACCACCUGACUGCUGCCUCCCGCCUGGCGCCAAACACGGCCACCGCCUCUUUUGUUAACAGGACAGUUGAUCCAUUAAAUUAAAAAUCAUUCAAUAGAUUAAUUUUUUUUUUCUGGCCUGAACAAAUACAUAUUCCAUCUCAAUUCAUGAAGCAUCAGUACCCGCUGCAGGGGUAAUUCCCCAGGCGGGAGAGGAGUUUCGGGGAAAGUGCCCCCAAAGGGAGACUCCCCAGAAAUCCCUUUCCAAGCAGCCAAGGCAGGCAGGCCAGAGGAGCCUGCCCCGGGCCAGGGCCCAGACCCACGCAGCCGCCCGCUCUCCCGGCCACUUCCGCCGGGGCCUUUCCGAGCGAAGUCCAUUAGGGCCGGGUCUCUGCGCCUCCCCUAUCCGGGGUCCGGGCAAUACGCAGCCCCGACCACCGUCCUCGGCCCGGGGGAAGCGCAGACACACACUGGAGGCAUUUUCUUCCCUCCGGAAUUGAUUGGUUUUUGUUUUUGUUUUAAUAGCAGGACUUUUCCAAGCAAAAAGUCUCCUGAGGCGGGUGGUAAAAAAAUCAAAGCCUCUACAUCCAAGCCCGGAACAAAAGCCCUUUGGAAAUCCCGCGGCGGGGCCGGGCGCGGGCGGAUGCGGCGGGAGGGGCGGCCGAGCGCGCCCGGGACCCGCGUCGGGAGAAGCCGCGCAGCGCCUACCGCGGGGGUCGAGUCUCGGCGGCCCCACCUGCUCCGGAGUCGGCCCUGUCCCUCCGUCUGGGGAGGCGGCCGGAGGCGCCAUCACCGCAAAUUUAUGGCCCGGGUGACGCGCUUCCUACUCCCACAGUGGGGCCCGGUGACAUUAAACAGAAAAUUGACGAGAGCGGAGCGAAACCGAAUCCCUUUCCCUCCAGGUCCAUCCCCCUCGCUUUUCGGGGAGGGGACCAGGGACGGGAGGAAGGGCGUCCCUGAGUUUGUGCGCUCGGGAGCCCGUGCUGGAGGCUUCUCCCGAUUCCAGAGCCCAGGCAGCGUGCUGGGGGCGCGCGACCCCGCCCGGACCGCACCCCUUCGCCGGCCGCAUUUCGGGCGGAACCUCGGCUCCCGUUCCACGCGCCCGGGGCGACCAGGCAGAGUGGGGCCCCGCACCCGGGUCGCUCCCGCUCGGAGGGCCCAGGCCGGAUGAGGCUCCGACGCGCCCCCGGCCCGCCCUCCGCGCCCCAGCUCCGGGGAGCGCCCCGCUGCCUCCAGCACAGCGGGGGAGGGAGGACCCCGGCUGCCCAGCCCCCACCCUCGCCGCCGCGCCCCGCCCCCGGCCGGCGCAAGUGGGAGAAGAGAGCGAGUGACGAGCGGGGCGCGCCUGGGUGGCUGCCGGGGGUCGCUCCUCUGGCCUCGAGCGCCCCCUCCCUCCGCCCCCCGGCGCCUCCUGGCACCGAACCCGCCGCGCCGCCGCGUCCUUAAAAGCGCCGCCUGCUUUGCUGGCCUUUGGCCGGGCGGCAGGGAAGGUCACGCCGGGGUGGGGUCGGUGGCGCGGGGACAGCGACACUGCGGGCGCCGGCAUACCCCCUACCCCCUCCUCCGCCCCUCCGGGCACUUGCCGCCGCCCUACAGGCCUGGGUCUUGUCGCACUUGUUGUGUCGUGCUGGGGUACACGGAGCCAAGACCAGAGCCGGAGCAUGUGCUUGUCAGAGAUGAAUCCAGGGAGCCCUGUGGGGGCUGCUUGGGGAAAUGAGGCUGUCAUCCCCGCGCCCCAGGUGCUCAACGGGGAGCAUAAAGGAGCCCUGGCCUGCGGGAGGCAGCCCCAGGGGACGGACGGAGCCCUGGUUCAGAGCCCAGAGAGGGCAUUGGAGGGCUAGGCCUCAGCCAACUCCAUUUCUCCCCUCUCUGGCCUGCGUGGGCAUCGGGGGCAUGGUGGGUACCAGACCUACCCUGCCUGCUCAUCCCUCUAGACAGCCUGGGACACAGAGGGCAUGGUGGCCAUGCCCAUUUUACAGAAGAGCAGAAGGAGACUGUGAGAGCAAAUAACGUGCCCUUGUUCACACUGAGGGCCUGGGUGCGUAGGCUCUGGAUUCUUCUGGAAAACUAGUACUAGGGUUGGCUGACUUUUGGGCCUGGGACAACCCUAAGACUCCUGGCUGGGGCAGACAUGAUGCGUCCCAACUUCUGCCUUGUAGACCAGGAGCAGAACAAAAUGGGCCUCAUGACCAGCCAUUGGGCGUCUUGGCCACAGCACCCACGGAAAGAUGUGUCAGGGUCCAGCUCUUCCUAGGAAGCCCCUCCGAAUGCUCCCGGCCAGCCUGUUUCUCUGGGAUGAGGCCCCAGCAAGGCAGAUCGCAGCCUGCAGCCGGGAGGAACUGCUAAUAUAUGGCAAGAGUCUGGAAACCAGAUUCCAAAAGGUCACGUUGGACUGGAGCCAACAAGAUUACGUUGAACAGGCUGGAUGUGAACCUCCACUUUCAGGUUCAAAAAUCAGUUGUAAAAAUGCAGGCAGCUUCCCACUGAAGACUUGCUGGGCCAAGCUGCAGCUGUCUGCACCACUCAGGCAGUUCAUCCACCCCCUGUCUCCCCAGCACAGGCCCUCUUGUGAAUUUCCCUGAGCCCCAGCAGCUGAGCCUGCGCCCUGGGAUGGGAGUGGGGGAUCCCAGGAUGUCUGACCCGCUGUCUCUGAUGUCAGGCCGGCUGGGGGAGGGGAUGCAGCUGGAGACAGCAGAGAAUGGGGUCCUUGUGCCACUGUCAUCAGGCCCGGAGCUUCCAUGAACACGGCUUUGUCUGCACCCAUACCCCGUGGUGACCACGGGACCAGGGGAUCAGUGGGCCUCUGAACAAGAGGGGCGUGCAGAGCGGCUUUUUGGCCUCAGUUAACUCUUAAAUGGGUGUCAGAGGCACUGUCUUCCCCUAGCUAUGCGCCUCGUGCCUGGGAGCCUUAGGGCCACACGGAAGGGUAGAAAUCAGUUUCAAGUCAGGAGGUCUGGAAUAGCUUUGUUAAACCCAGUUUUUUUCCUAUGAAAAUGGCUGCAGACACAGGGGGAGGGAGAGGGUGGCCCUGAUCCCGAUGACUCUGAAACAUGCUUGGCCUUCCCCAGAGAUUCCUGCUCCCAGCCCAGGCCCAGACGGCAACAGAAGCUCAUGGUGAGUUCACCCCGGUCCUGGUCUGGCACCUCAUUGCUGGGGAGGUCUCGGUAGUCCAGAGGAGGUAGCCCCCACCCUGGGCAUCCAUCCGCCCAGGCCCCAGCCCCCGCGGGAAGACCCAAUUACAGAAGGGAGAAGUAUGUGGAGACCCUUGGCUGAGGUUGGGGGACCUGGAAGCUGGAGGUAGUGUUCCUGGGUAUAGCAUGAUGGGUUGAUGGGUGGGUUUUAUUCUCUUUUUAAGGAUUUUCUGUAUUUCUCAAAUUUCCCUUUUGAAAUGUAUUCAUUUUGCAAUCAGAAAAGAAAACAGGCCAGGCAUGGUGGUUCACACCUGUAAUCCCAGCACUUUGGGAGGCCGGGAGGCGGGUGGAUCACCUGAGGCCAGGAGUCCAAGACCAGCCUGGCCAACUUGGUGAAACCCCCUCUCUACUAAGAAUACAAAAAUUAGCCAGGCAUGGUGGUGGGCACCUGUAGCCCCAGCUACUUGGGAGGCUGAGGCACGAGAAUCGCUCGAACCCAGGAGGCGGAGCUUGCAGUGAGCUGAGAUCUCGCCACUGCACGAUCUGUUGCCUGGGCAACAGAGAGAGACUCUGUCUCAAAAAAAAGAAAACAAAACAAGCCAGUGAACACUACUCCAAACAAAUGUCCAGGCCCAGAGAUCAGAGGCUGCAAGGUGGGCUCUGUCCCCAUGUCCCCAGCCACACUGCUGGGGAACCCACAGGCUACCAGGCCCCCUCAGCCCUAUCCCUGCCCCACAGGCCCCUGGAGUGAUUGUAGGCUCUAGACUGCCUCAGUUUGCCCCCAGCCUCCCCUAGGUGCCCGGGGAGCCACUGGCCAGCCUCCGGUCGCACUCCACUCAGGGCUUGACGGGGAAACAGAAACCAGCCUUGAACGCCUUCCCACGCCCCAAAACGCCAGGGUGCACAGUGAGGGGAGCCCUGGCCAGAUGGCACAGAUGGCAUUCCUGCCUGCGAGAGGCCCAGGACCCUGGGGAGCCAGAGAGGCAGGGUGCCCGCAGCAUCCAGGCAAAUGGGCCCAGGCCCCCCGACACCCAGCUGAGGCCAGCCUCCCCCAGAGCGGUUUGGAGCCCUGCCCUGGAGAGGGGGCAGCUCGCCCAGCGUGUGGGCGAUGCCACCAGGUGGUGAGGCUGCUGGGCAGGGCUGGACCCCCUUUUGGACUCCCCUUCCGAUUUCUGUGCCCCUGAGUCUUGCCCAUGCUACAGCCUAACCCUGCCGUGGCCAAGGGACAGCGGGGCAACAGUGCCCUCCCCGAGCUUGCCCUGGGACAGCCGCCUCACUCGGAGGAAGCUGCGUUUUGCCGAAUUUUCUGCAUGAUGGGGCUCUGUGGGCUGGGGGCCACUUGCCUCCCUGCACCCGUCCCAGGACCCCAGGCUGCAAGCUGGAAACCCCAUGGGGGCGAGUGGAGCCCGGGGACUCCACAGGAGAGGAUCCUCUGUGACAAGCGGCUCCAGGGGACACAGGCUUGCGAACAUGGGGGCUGGGGUGGGGUCAAGGUAUGAACAGCGCAGGCCUAGAAGCCUCAGACUCUGAGGGGCAGGAAAGAGUCCCCAAAACGGAAUCAGAGGAGGAGCCCGGGGUGGGGGGAGGAGGAAAGGGGCGCAGUGGGCGCUGCCAUCCCUCCUUGGGGCACAUUUCUUCCCACCCUGACCAAGAGGAAGGGACCCUCCUUCCUCCAGAAAGGACUUCUCCGAGCCCAGGACACACGAGGAAAGCGAGGCUCAGUCACCAGGAAGCCCUCACUCCCCGUCAAGGCCACCAAACGGGAAGAAGGGGAGCCAGGAUUUGAUCCCAGGCUUCCCUCCCAGCCUGCACGCUGCUGCACUACCCAACCCUGAGGACCCCAAGAACCUCCGAGAAUGUGGGAUUUUGGUUCUGAGCCUCCACGGGGGCCGUUGGUGGCCUCUGGUUCAGGACAACCAGAAUUGGCCCAGACAGCCAAGCAGCCAAGGGGCAGGCUUUGUAGAGUGUGGGGGUCUGUCCUCCCUCGUGGCCAGAAGCAGAGCCCACCCCUCAAAUGCAGGUGGGGUGGGGCAGGGGCUCCGGCUCCAUCAUCUGGGCUCCAGUGAGGCUGCCCGCUCCUGCUCACCUGCACAGGAGGCUGAGGGUGGGGCCCUGGGGGAGGGGCUGCCCCAGGCUGUAGUGCCUGGGAGAGCUGGGGGUGGGGAGGGGACAGGCAGGGGGCAGGCAGAUGGCCUUCCUGCCUGGCCCUCGCUGCCAGGUCUUGCUGCCUCCCCCGUUGGGUGAUUUAGAAGAUUAUAGACCUGAGGUCCCACCAGGUGCGUUGGCUCAUGCCUGUAAUCCCAGCACUUUGGGAGGCUGAGGCGGGUGUAUGACUUGAGGUCAGGAGUUCGAGGCCAGCCUGGCCAACGUGGUGAAACCCCAUCUCUACUGAAAAUACAAAAAUUAGCUGGAUGUGGUGCCGCACACCUGUAAUCCCAGCUACUCAGGAGGCUGAGGCAGGAGAAUCGCUUGAACCUGGGAGGCGGAGGUUGCAGUGAGCUGAGAUCACGCCACACCCCACAGCCUGCAGCCUGGGCGACAGAGCGAGUCUGUCUCAAAAAAAUAAAAAUAAAUAAAUAAAUAAACCUGAGGGGCAAAGUUUAAAGGUUUGGGUGACACAUCAGAGGCAGACUUGGGGAAGAAGUGUCUGUCCCACCCUCCCAGACCACAUCCUCUAAGGGCUUGGGCCCCAGGGAUGCUGGGUGGCCCCUUGGAACUGUGAGGAGCUGACACAUGGGUGGGGACCAGAGGAGGGGACGUGGAGAGCCCUGGUGAGGAUGUGGGUGCUGGUGGGGACUGCCUGGUGUGUGAUGGGGGCAGAAACAGGCAUGGAGAUGGCCCACACCCGAGACAGUGGGCUCCUGGGGCCACCUCUUCUCCACACGGCGGCAGCAGGUCUAGUUCGGGCCUAACAGCCCAGCCAUCCCUGAGAGCCAGCGCCGAGGGUGCAGCAGCUGCCUCCUCUCCGGGCCCACCGGACGGUCGCCAUCCUGCGAGGAGCUCCCGUGCCCAUCGCCAGAGAGGGAAACUCUCCUUGGUCUCAGGAGGCAGCGGGGUCCGGGACUCACAUGGACCUGGGCCCAAGUCGACCAGUUCCAGCUGGGCACACCGGGAAGGUCACCCACCUCCCGAGCCCUCCGUGUCCAGGCCAUUGUGGGAAAACCCUCUCCAACAGGGGAGUGAAGGGACAGGAUGGAGCGGGAGUGGCGCCAAAGCAUGAGGAGAACCAGAGGCCGCAGGUGAGACCCCGCGGUGGGCCAUGUCCCGUCACUUCCUCUGAGGGCAGGCGUUUCACCCGAUCACCCUCCCGGCUCUCUCGGCCACCCCUGCUUGGGCUUGCUCCUGUCUGGUGUUGGGUGACCUGCCUGCUGCUCUCAGACCCCACACCCGUUUGUGGCCUCAUGGCCAUGAGUGGCCCCGUCCCCGACUCCACUGCAGUGGGCACAGUGGUGGCCCCCAAAUGAUCGGUCCACCUGGAGCCUGUGAACACGACAGGCUUAUUUGGGAAAAGGGUCUUUGUCCAGAGACAAAGGCCCUUAGAAGACAGAGGUAGGGGGAGUUUUGAGAGGGAGGGGACAGAGGCCAUGUGAAGAUGAGGCAGAGAUGGGAGUGACACGGCCAUGUCCACGGGACACCUGGGGCCACCAAAUGCCAGAAGAGGCGGGAAGAACCUCCCCUGCAGCUUGCAGAGAGAGGACAGUCCUGCCGAUAGCUUGAUUUUGGUUCCGGCCACCAGGACUGGGAGAGAAUAAACUUCUGUUGUUUGCAGCUGCCCCAUUUGUGGUCUUUUGUUGGGUGGCCCCAGACAUAAUCCCAGCACUGGCCUGGCCCGGCCCAUGGGCAGCUGUCCCCAGCCUGGCGGAGGGUGUGGCUGUGAUGUUACCCCCAGGAGAUCCAGUACCCCAGUCUCCAUCUGAGCCGCCAUCGGGCUGUGGGAUGCCUGCUAGCCUGUGGCAGAAGGACCAGGACCUGGGGGCCGGCAGGGAGCAAGGGCUGAGCGAACCGCCUGGGAGGAAGGACUGAGGCCACACCGGUGUCCGGGGGGAUUCGGACGUCACCAGUGUGGAGUCUGGGGGUGUUCUGACUGGCUUUAGACAGAAAUUUCUUUUUCUCUCUGGAAAGGGCGGCGGUGGGCCCGCAUGCAGGGGAGCGUGGACUUGGAACUCGGGGAGCCCUGGGUUCUGCCUCAUCCUCUACAUCCCUGCGGGGCCACGUCCACUCACCGAGGGGUUCUUGCCGCCUUGACUGAGGGUGGCCGGGCACCAGCACCUUCGCAGCUUUGCCCAGCACCUCGGCAUGGGGUGGGGGGCGGUGCAGAGUUCUGUUUUACAGGGAAGGGAACUGAGGCACAGGGAGAUGACAGCUCGCCGCUGGUGCUGACCAUAGGCUCACACUGCCUGGCCGCCCGGGGCCACCACCACCAUGCCCUCCAUGACGAACAUGCUCAUGUUUCCUGGCUGCCCCCCGACCCCACUCCCACCUCCCUGGCUAAACAAGGGAGGUCUUGAUGUGAGUUCUCCUUUUUCCUUUCUGGAAGGAAUGGCAGACUCUUGACAUGCUCCUAGAGAUGGGAGGUCAAAAUGAUCAACGUUCAGGGUCCCUUCAUCUCAGAGGGUCUCGAGUCACCUCAUUUAAAGGUGGGAACUGGGGAUCCUGGAACCUCCCCUGCACCCCAGAUGCUUCUGGGGCCCUUGAGAACUUGCCCUGAGCUGUCACCUGGCCUAGACUCCCAGCCACUUUCAAGGCACAGAGAAACUGCCCUCACUCUGAAAAUGUGGAGACCGGGACCCAGAGAGUGUGGCCUGGGACACCUCCUAUCCAGCCAUACGCCGCCCAGGACUGGCUCAACAGCUCCACCCUCCACUGCUGUUCACCCAUGACACGUCACUUCCUACCCGCCACUGCUGGCUCACCUGUGACACCCCAGGCAGCUCAGAUGCCCAGCAGGUCCUGCUGGUCGGCUUGCUUGUCCUGGCCACGGAGCACAACUUCCUUGACAGCAGCCUCUGCAGUCAUCCCAGGCCGACAGGCAGGCCUCGGCGCUCCAGACAGGGGCCCAGCCCGGGGCCAGUCUCCAAGUACCCUGUGGAUGAAGAAGGAAGCAGCUCUCAGGGAAGGGGCACCCCAUGUGUCAGCUGGCCGCCUGGUUCAGUCACCACAUGGGCACACAGGGCCAGCAUGGGUGCACAGGAGCUGGGACACGGCAUGGAGCCAAGCGCUGGCGCCUACGGUGUUGAGGGUGCGCAUAGCGGCUCGAGGGGCUGCAGUGUGCAACGGGGCAGCCAAGGUGACCUUGGAGUAUAGUACUGCGGGCGAGGAGGAGGCAUACAGCUGGGGGCAUUUCUUUUUCUUUCUUUUUUUUUUUUUUUGAGACAGAGUCUGUCUCUGUUGCCCAGGCUGGAGUGCAGUGGCGCAGUCUCGGCUCACUGCAACCUCCGCCUCCCAGGUUCAAGCAAUUCUCCUGCCUCAGCCUCCUGAGUAGCUGGGAUUACAGGCGCCGGCCACCACGCUCAGCUAAUUUUUGCAUUUUUAGUAGAGACAGGGUUUCACUGUGUUAGCCAGGAUGGUCUCUAUCUCCUGACCUCAUGAUUCACCUACUUCAGCCUCCCAAAGUGCUGGGAUUACAGGUGUGAGCCACCACGCCCUGACUGGGGGGCAUUUCUGACUGGGAGACUGUCAGGUACAAAGGCCCUGGGGCUUCCAGGAAGGAAAGGAGGCCACUGGGCCUUCAGUGGGGGCAGGAAAUGGGGAGGGGAGGAGAGAUGGUGUCAGAGGGUUAGAGCCAGUGGCUGGAUUCCAGAGGUCCUGGAAGGCCAAGGGGAAGACUUUGGCUCUGGGACUGUGCCUUGGGGGGCCCGUGGAGGGCUUGGAGCCUGGGCUGCUUGCAGGGAGGGAACCAGAGGAGGUCCCAGUGGAGGGGAUGCAGGGCCAGGGAGGAGGUACUGGGUUGGGGAGGGAGCCGAGUGGCUGGGAAGGCCCGAGCUGGACAUUGCCUGAAUUUUGAAGACGCCCAGGAUCUGUUGUGGGUGUUCUUGUGGCUGUGGGGAGCAAAGCCACAUACGAACACAGCCACAGGCCUGUACUCCUGGGCUGGGGGGGCCCCUCACUGAGAUGGGUGCCAGAGGGCCAGCAGGUUCCACGGCAACUCAGGGCUCUGCGUGGCCAUCUGCUGGGCUCAAGGAGGUCAGGCGGCCGGUUCGAGCAGGAGCAUGUGAGGGACGCCUACUCGGCUUGGAGAUGUGGACUCUGGAGCCUGCCGCAGAGCAUGGAAUGGGAAACUGGCGUGGGUGAGGUCAUCUCAGGGACGCUGGGGACAGGAUGGAGCUUCAGGAGGGAGGAGGGGCCGGGAAGCGGAGACCAGAGACACAGGAGCGCCUCCUGGAAGCCUCAAGAAGGGAGGUCCCACCAGGAAGUAGUCGUCCCUGGGUUGACUAAGAGGAGGCCGAGCAGUGUCCCUUGGAGCUGACACCGUGGAGGCCACGUGACCUGCACAGGCCCUGGUUCCCCCCACACUCAGGCUAAGUGCCCAGGCACAGGCCGGAUCCCUCCCAGCCCGUGUGUGGCCACAGCCUCAGGGCCCCUCCCUGGAACAGCCUGUUUUCCCCAGCCCCAGCCUCCAGAGAUUUUAGGGAACCCCACCCUGUGCCUUCUGGGCCCAUGGGCAUUCCUGGCAGGUGGAUCCCCUGAGGCCUCCCAACCUGCACUGGAGGAGCCCUGCGCCAUCCUGCUGCUCCUGGGAGACCCCCCCAAGCACCGACCCUGGGAGCAGAGAGUCCCCCUCACCCUCUGCCUCCCCAGGGCACACACACAGCUGGGUCAGGGCCUUGGUGUCCUUGACUGUGCAACAAAUGGCCACAGACUGGGCGCUUCAAUGGCAGGAAGCUCUUUUCUUAUGGAUUGAGAGGCCAGAAGCUGGCCACCGACGUGUGGUGGUGUGGAUCCUUCUGGAGGCUCUGCGGGGAGGCCUGUCGCAGCCUCUGUCCCAGCUUCAGGUGGUCUCCAAUCUCUGCCUCACUCUUUUUUUGUAUACAUAUUCUUUCUAAAAUCGUAUAUUGUCAGGUGGCGAAACUGAAUGAAGUAUUUCAGUAACUUGCCUGGUAACAAGGCCCAGGUUUGAAUUGUCCAUUUGACUUCAUAUACUCAAAUGCCCUGCAAGCAAGCUAGCACUUACCCUCGAAAUCAGAACCAUUUUCAAUUUUUC